CCGAGCACCAUUGUUUCGUGCCUUGGACCAGAGGAGCAGAGAGCAGAAAUCCCAGAGUCAGCCCCAGCUGGGGUGGGGUAGGCCUUGAACCAUGAAGAAGCAAAGCUCAGCAGAUCUUGGCCAGGUGGCCGUAGGACGCCAGGAGAGCUGGGCAGGAAAGCUGAGGGGAGGAAGCCCCGUCCCAGAGCCGCCACAGAGGACCACUUUGAGCUGACGAGAAGAUCCCAAGCAAUAAGAAAUCAAAACACCUGGAAAGCAACAAGUUCUGUUUAAUGAUGAAUGACCAAGCCAGAAACAGUGUAGCUUGCUGAACCGUCUUCGGUUGCUGUCGCUCCUUCAGGCGAUGAUGUUGCAGUAGCGAAAGGGCCCAGCAAAGGAGAAAGGAUGAGAAGAGGGGGCUGGCUGUGGACCAUGGGCCUUGCCAUGGUCCUGGCAGCCACCAGGGUUGAGAGUUUCUCCAGCUCCAGGUGUGGUGGAUGCUCCAUGGAGAUGAGAAGCCACACCGUAUCCUACCUCGCCUCCCAUGUCCAGCCAGUUCACCAGCCCUACCUCACCCUGUGCCCGGGAAACAGGCUCUGCAGUACAUACAGAACUACCUAUAAAGUCGGACGUCGCCAGGUUUAUCAGAAGAUUUUGCGGCCGGAAUACGUUUGCGCUCCUGAAUGGAAGCGGAGAAGUGCUUUCUCUUGGCUCGGAUGUCCCACAGCUGCUACUUGCCGCCCACCGUGCCAGCCCAGCCGGAAAUGUUCGCUCCCAAACGACUGCCCCUGCCCUGGAUGGACCGGGAGGUGUUGCCAGACAGAUAUGGACGAGUGUGCAAUGGAGAAACACGGCUGCAGCCAGCUUUGCAUCAACACGGCCGGAAGCUACCGCUGUGCUUGCCGUCCGGGGUACGAGCUCCAUGCGGAUGGACAAACUUGCCGGGCUCUGAAAAUGGCCCCUACGCCAGCUCCCCCAGCAGGAAGUGACCACCUUCCCGCUCCAGACGAAGUGAGAGAGCUGAGGAGCAGGCUGGCAGCUUUGGAAGAAAAGUUCCAGCUCGUAUUGGCACCCUUUCUCAAGCUGGACCUGCCUGGCGCCGGAGAGGGCCCCGGGGCAGAACCCAUCAGCCUCUUGGUCCACGUGAUCCAGCAACUGGACCGAAUAGAUUCGCUCAGCGAGCAGAUCUCUUUCCUGGAGGAGCGCCUGGAAACCUGUUCCUGCAAGAACCGGCUCUGAGGCUGCAGGAGGAUGGAGAUCCCUGGUGCUCCCGCAUCCCACUGUUUUUUCUGCUGUGUCUCUCCGUUGAGUAGCAACUGAGCCCUGUUUCCAGCAGCCAAGCCAAGCCAAGGCAGCGGAGAGGAUUAAGAGGCUGGAAAUACCACGUUCUCAGCGAGCCCACUCACCCUCCUUCCAGCUGGCUGGCUCCCAGGGUGGCUCACCUCUCCCAACCCUGCUGGCCAGGGGUUGUGGGAGGGAGAGAGGCAAAAACCUAGCUAAACAUCCCUGGAAACAGGAAGCAACUUGCUUGCGGAGUGGACGGAUUCGGGUGAGGGGAGCAGGUCUCGCCUUCCUCGGGAGGUAUGAGAGCAGCAACGAAACGGGGCCCCUUUGGCAAAGCUCAGAGGCUGCUCUUUUCCAGGCUAUCACCCAAAAUAUCUUGGCAAGGCAGGGUUAUUUCUCUGGGGGGGAGGGCUAAACCAGCCCUCCCCCGCCCUGUGUAAAUGCACCAUUCGUGUCCUUGCUUUGCUUUCCAAUUGUAGGAAUACUCCCACUGUUUCCCAUGUCCUCCCUCUUUCAGAAAGAAAUAGAACAGGUUCCUAGGGCUGGAAGGGACCUUGUAGGUCAUCUAGUCCAACCCCCACCCAAGCGGGAGACCCUACGCCAUAUCUGACAGAUGGCAGUCCCGUCUCUU